AAUCGCUGGGCUUUGGGGUUAGUUUCGGAGAGUGGAGCCGGGGGCGGCGGCAGCGGCGGCGGGGAGAGCGGGUCACCGAGGAGACAAAGCGGCGGCGCUGGGGCUGAGCGGGGGCGGACGCCAGGGCCCGGCGGGGAUCCGGCAGAGUGCGGCGCAGGCCGGGCUCCUCUUCGCAACAGGUUCCCAGCUCUGCCCGGCCCCCUGUGCGCUGCGGCGAGCACCGCAGGCCGCUCCGCCUCCCCAGGCCCCGGCCAGUGGUCUCCUCGGUCUCGGGCGGGGCGCCCCGGCACCAUCCGCCUCCAUGCGGUUCGGCUCCAAGAUGAUGCCGGAUAUUCUCCCAUUGACACUGAAGUAAGAAUUACCAAGAGACAUUUAUAGUUUAUUAAAGAUGUGUCCACACUAGGUAAAAAAGAUGUUUCUUACUGUGUACCUCAGUAACAAUGAACAACACUUCACGGAGGUGCCAAUUACACCUGAAACCACUUGCAGAGAUGUCGUGGAGCUGUGUAAAGAGCCUGGUGAGAGUGACUGCCACCUGGCUGAAGUGUGGUUUGGCUCAGAGCGCCCUGUAGCUGAUAAUGAGCGGAUGUUGGAUAUUCUGCAGCACUUUGAUGUCCAGAGAAACGAGGUUCGUUUCUUCCUUCGCCAUGAACGUCCCCCUAGUCGGGAAACAGGGAGUGGACAGAGACCACAGGAUCUGAGCUUAAAGAGAAAUGGUGUAAAAGUGCCUGCUGAUCGACGAUUAGAGAAUGGGAUCAGUGUUCCCAGAAUGGAUAUGACUCUGGCUGAACUGCAGGAAAUGGCAUCCCGCCAACAGCAACAAAUUGAGGCUCAACAACAGAUGUUGGCUAACAAGGAGCAGCGUUUGAAAUUCCUGAAACAGCAGGAUCAGCGACAGCAACAGCAAGCUGCUGAAAAGGAAAAACUUAAGCGACUAAAGGAAAUUGCUGAGAAUCAGGAAGCCAAGUUGAAGAAAGUGAGAGCGCUCAAAGGCCAUGUGGAGCAGAAAAGACUCAGCAAUGGAAAACUCGUGGAGGAAAUUGAACAGAUGAACAGUUUGUUCCAGCAAAAGCAGCGAGAGCUGGUACUGGCUGUGUCAAAGGUAGAGGAACUUACCAGACAACUGGAGAUGCUGAAGAAUGGCCGGAUUGAUGGUUACCAUGACAACCAGUCUGCUGUAGCUGAGCUUGACCGACUGUACAAGGAGCUGCAGUUGAGGAACAAACUGAACCAGGAGCAGAAUGCCAAGCUGCAGCAACAGAGGGAGUGUUUAAACAAGCGCAACUCAGAGGUGGCAGUUAUGGAUAAGCGUGUUAAUGAGCUGAGAGAUCGACUGUGGAAGAAGAAGGCAGCACUGCAACAGAAGGAGAAUGUACCGAUUUCUUCAGAUGGGAAUCUACCCCAGCAAGUGGUAUCUGCCCCAAGUCGCGUGGCAGCGGUAGGUCCUUACAUCCAGUCCUCCACCAUGCCACGUGUUGCCUCCAGGCCUGAACUUCUAGUGAAACCUGCAUUUCCAGAGGGGAUCCCAACUUUGCAGGCACCCGAUGGUCCACUGAAAACGCAAACUCUGCCGAAUAUGAGAGCUGCGGGUGUUUCUCAAGCUAAAGCUUCUGCUGGCCCUACAAUCCCAGGUUCAAAACCUCCACCAUCUGUCCCUGAAUGGUGUAAUUCAAAUGCAGACAACUUCAUUAGCCAAGGACCAGUCUCUUCUUCAGCAAAAGGAAAUGUGACUAAUGAAGGGCAAGCUGGUGAUGGAGAGACUCUCCUGCGAGAGAAAAAGGAGAAAGUGCGUCCUUUCUCAAUGUUUGAUUCUGUGGAUCAGUCCACUGGAGGGCCAGCAUUGGGCUCGCUGAGAAAAAACCAGAGCAGUGAAGACCUCCUGCGAGAUGCUCAGAUUGCCAACAAAAAUGUGACUAAAGUACCACCGCCUGUUCCCACUAAACCAAAACAGAUAAACUUGCCUUAUUUUGGUCAAGCCAGUCAGCUACCUUCUGAUACUAAGCCUGAUGGAAAUCCACAGAAGCUGCCUUUGGCUAUUGUAACAAUGGGGAACAAACAGAAGUCAGCAGCCCAGCAGCCACCCCAUAAUUCCCAGCAAAUCCAACAACGAAUCUCUGUGCCUCCCAGUGGUCCUGCCACUAGCCAGGACCAAAUUCUUUCCUCAUCCAAACAAGAGAGCCCACCUGCAGCAGCUGUGAGGCCUUUCACCCCUCAGCCAUCCAAAGAAACCCCACUUCCAUCAUUUCGAAAGCCACAGACCGUGGCUGCUAGUUCAAUAUACAGCAUGUACACACAGCAACAGACUCCUGGGAAGAAUUUUCAGCAGGCAGUGCAGAGCGCCUUGACAAGGGCACAGACCAGAGGCCCCCACUUCCCAAGCAUGUACGGCAAGCCUGUGAUUGCUGGAACCGGUGCACAAAAUCCGUCACAGCAGACGGAGAACGUCUACUCAAAUAGCCAAGGCAGUCCGGAGCCCGAAAUGGAGACAAUAGCUUCUGCCCAUGAGAAUCCUGAAACUGAACGAAUUCCUCGCCCGCUCAGCCCAACCAAACUGUUGCCUUUCUUAUCCAACCCUUACCGAAAUCAGAGUGAUGCCGAUUUGGAGGCUCUAAGGAAGAAGCUGUCUAAUGCACCAAGGCCACUGAAGAAGCGUAGCUCUAUUACUGAGCCAGAAGGUCCAAAUGGGCCUAAUAUUCAGAAGCUUUUGUAUCAGAGAACCACUCUGGCUGCCAUGGAGACUAUCUCAACCCCAUCAUAUCCAUCUAAACAAACCUCCACGUCUGCCAGUCCUGAAAGCCCAGCAGAAAUCCAGAACCCUUAUCUAAGCACAGAAUCUGAGAAAGAAGUGGUUCCUUCCACACCUGAACCAGCCAUCACCGAGGAAGCAGAAAACACAAGCACAGAUCAGAAUGAAGUGCCUCUGCCUUCAGCAGGCCUAGAUAGCGUGCCUGAGGUAACAUCAGACAGUGAUGCACUCGUGCAAUCUGAAAUGGAGGAACCAAGUCUAGAGUCAUCAGAACCACUGGAAGUUUACAUGGAGGAAUAUCCUCCAUACCCACCACCUCCUUACCCAUCAGGAGAACCAGAGGGAUUGGGAGAGGACUCCUUCAGUAUGCGACCCCCUGAAGUGACUGGACAGUUUUCCUUACCUCCUGGGAAGAGGACGAAUUUACGUAAAACUGGCUCCGACAGGAUUGCCCAUGGAAUGAGAGUGAAAUUCAACCCCCUUGCAUUGCUUUUAGAUUCAUCUUUGGAGGGAGAAUUUGACCUUGUGCAGAGAAUCAUUUAUGAGGUUGAAGAUCCCAGCCUGCCCAAUGAUGAAGGAAUUACAGCACUUCACAAUGCCGUGUGUGCUGGUCACACCGAGAUUGUAAAGUUUCUGGUACAGUUUGGUGUGAAUGUUAAUGCUGCAGAUAGUGAUGGAUGGACCCCUUUACACUGCGCAGCAUCUUGCAACAACGUCCAGGUGUGCAAAUUCCUAGUGGAAUCAGGUGCUGCUGUGUUUGCUAUGACCUACAGUGACAUGCAGACGGCUGCAGACAAAUGUGAAGAAAUGGAAGAAGGCUACACGCAGUGCUCUCAGUUUCUGUAUGGAGUGCAGGAGAAAAUGGGGAUAAUGAACAAAGGGGUGAUCUACGCACUCUGGGAUUAUGAUGCACAGAAUGAUGAUGAGUUGCCCAUGAAAGAAGGAGACUGCAUGACAAUACUACGCCGGGAAGAUGAAGAUGAAAUUGAGUGGUGGUGGGCACGGCUAAAUGACAAGGAAGGAUACAUACCACGCAACCUGCUUGGGCUGUACCCAAGAAUUAAACCAAGGCAAAGAAGCUUGGCAUGAAAUUGCACAGACUCCUGAGUUAUGAAGUUCUCAUCAUGGGUGAUUUAUCACUUCUAUAAAAGAAAUCAUUCAUUUUGUGUUAGUUCCAAUUUCAUGAGACUUAUGUUAAUAACAAUGUAACUUGAAAGCAAUGAAGAAUGUGCUUGAAAACAAAUGAAGGAUCAAUGGAUUCACAAAUGGAGGAGGGCAUUCCAUAAGCUGAAAUGCUGCUUACAAGCAAAUGACGCUGUGCUACAUCUGGCCUAAGCAAGCCUAAUGUUCAACUAGUGCCCACUCUGCUUUUCCAAAUGGCACCUACAUACAGGAACAGAAUUCUUUUUUUUUUUUUUUUUUUUAAUUUCGGGCAUCAUAUGCAAUCAACUUUUCAAUUACUCAGUGAGGGAGUCAUGUUCCACACAACUGGCUUUCUCCAAAUCUGUUUUUGGCUUUGUUCCUAGUGGAGGAAAUUAGUCAUCCGAGCUACCCACAAAGUACCCAAAAGCACAUUUCUGUAAGCAGAGUAUUUGUUAAAGUAGCUGAGUUAAAGUUUUGAAGAUAAAACAGUGCGUCUAACAGUGAAGAACUUUUGACCAGUCCAUUGAGCAAUAACUAUAAAAUGCUGUAGCAUCUUAGGAAUUCCAUGUAUUCAAAAUACUUUUGUGCUAUAUCAGAGGUAAUGUAGUUUUAGAAUCUGUUUGUACCAAAAAAAAAAAAAAAUCCUGUAUUUAUUGUCUUUUUUUGUAACUGAAAAUUAAGCGUAGAAACUUUCUGUAGCCUUUAAAACUUACAAACUUUGUUAUAAUAUGUGUUUUUAUUUUUUGUUAAUUGUGAUGAUUAAAAUGGUGUCUCCUCUGAA